UCGUCGGGCUGAUAGUAGCUGCAGUCUAAUCGUGUAUUGUGUGUCGUUGUGUGCUAGCAUUGAAGACAAAAUGGCGCAAGCUCUCUUCGACGCGUUGUCCGGUAUGGACAACCAGGCUGCUGUCCUUGCAGUACAGUCUUUGGGGCUGUUAGAAGGACAGACUGGUACCAUACAGGACCCAAACCCAACAGGUAUUGAAGAAGAUGAGUUUAAGUGUGGACGAUGCAAGAAGAACUUCUCCUCCCUGACUAACUUCAUGAACCACAAGCGGGAGCAGUGUAUGCCUCCCGGCCUGAGCUUGAAUGUCACCCGUUCUCAGCCCAGCAACAGCGCUUUCACAGCCACCCUCCAGCCCAAUCGGGGCCUGACCUUUGGGAACAUGGGCAACUCCACGUUAGCCCAGGUCUCCCCCAGUGUCCUCAACGAAGAGGUCCUUAUAUCGUCCUUCUCCAACGUGGACCAGUUCUCCAACUCGGUGCUGCAGGGCACGCCCAUCCAGUCCCUGACAGGGUCCUACAUGUCGCCCCAGUCGCAAAUCCUCACCACGGUUACCAACGCGCAGCAGACCUACAGCCUGGCCAUGGCGGGUACCACCAUCAACAACAAUAAUGCCCUGGGUGGUAUCACCCUCCAGCCCCAAACUCAGAUCAAUGCCAGCCUGAUGCGACCGACCAGCGUCAACACUCAGUCCACCUUGUCCCUCUCGGAUGCCGGAUUGACCCAGGAGCUUCUGAACGGCGGCACGACGUCUGGGCUUCAAGUCACCCAAGCACCGCAGCACACAGCCACCAUCAACAUCAUGCAGCCUGCCGCUACCCAGCAAGGCAACCGCCGCCGUAGGUCAGCAGCUGCCGAACCGACCAAGAAACAGCAGCAGCGGAAGAAGUGCAACUACUGCGACAAGUCAUUCACCAAGAACUUUGACCUCCAGCAGCAUGUUCGGAGCCACACUGGAGAGAAACCCUUUCAGUGUAUCGUGUGUGGAAGAGCCUUCGCCCAGAAGUCUAACGUGAAGAAACAUAUGCAAACGCACAAGGUUUGGCCAGGAGGCAGAGGGGCUACUCUUCCGAAGCAGCCAAUCACCAAGCUGCAAGGUACAAAUCAGCCUCUGGAGGAUGAGAGCCAAGAUCAGUCGAUUGACCUUCCUGUGCAAGACGAAGAAGACUGUGGCAACACUCGCAUCGCGACAACAGAGGACGGGGAGGAGUUACUAAUCGACAGUUCAUACGUGUGUCAGUACUGUGGGAAAAAGUUCAAGACCUACUACCAGCUCAAAACACACAUGACCAUACAUAAGAGUGAACAGGUCUACAAGUGUGUCCUGAAAUCCUGCAACACGACCUUCAAGGAUCUCGAUUCCUUUUUGGAGCACACCAAAGCUCAUGAGAGUGAGAUGUCAUAUCGUUGCCACCUCUGCAGCAAACAUUUCCCUUCCCUGUACGAGCUGGGAGUACACCAGUAUUCACACAGCCUUUACCCUAACCAGGGACCGAGAGCGCAUCAGAAGGAGUACCGCUGCCAGAAAUGCAUGAAUCGUUACUCGACCCCGGAAGCCCUGGAGCACCAUUUAGCCACAACCAACCACCACUACAGCUGCCCCCACUGCAAGAAGGUCUUCCCCUGCGAGCGCUACCUCCGUCGACACCUGCCGACCCACAGCGCCCACGGCCAGUUCACCUGUCACCUCUGCCAGAAGUCCUUCAAGACGGACCACUACCUCAAGUCUCACAUGAUGAUCCACAGCGGCGACAAACCAUUCAAGUGUGACACCUGCGGCAAGGCGUUCAACCGUCCUGACAAGCUGAAGCGGCACCACCUGACCCACGACCCCGUCAAGAAGCUGAAGUGCCCCUUCCGCUCUUUGACGGGCUGCGACAAGAUGUUCAACAGGCCUGACAAGCUCAAGGCCCACAUUAUCUCGCACAGUGGCAUCAAGCCGUUCAAGUGCCCGCAGUGCUUCAAGUGCUUCAGCCGGAGACCCAACCUAGCCGAGCACAUGCGCAUCCACACAGAUGAUUACCAGAUCCGCUGUAAGGUCUGCAACAAGGGCUUCGCUCGCGAGAAGUACAAGAAAGCCCAUAACUGCCCAAGAUGGGCACAGACGAGGGAAGCUAUGAAAUCCAACGCCGAGGCUGACGAAUACGCUGCCUCAGCUGCCAUGUUGACCGAUGAACCAUCCAGUGACACAGCCAAGGAAGAUGUUGCAAAUGCCAGCUCGGAGUCCGGGGAAGGCACAUCUAGAAGAGGAUCAACCAGCCAAGGAAAAACCAACAAGAACUCAGAGGAAAGUCAACACCCAAUCCUCAUGACAAAAACAAGACAAGUCAGACUAAGGCACUCUGGCUUCUCGAAAAAAGUCCACAUGCUGGAUGAUCCCGAACCCAGGGAGACGCAGACUAGUCGGAGAGGCCGGGGAGGUACUAAAGGCAGGCCGCGACGCACCGGUCCCAAGAAGAAACUGCCCAAUCGCUCCAUGGAGGAUAUUGAGAGGGACUUGGAGGCCAUAAAGUCGGGUCUUUUAGAGCAACAGCAGAAGGAACUGGAGAUGCAAAGGGAGAGUCAGCAACAGCAGGAGCAGAAUCCAGACAAUGAGAUGCUCUCUGAAGGGUCUGGGAUGAUAGAUAUCAUGGUCAGUGCCGAUGAGGAUGGGGUCGGUGUUUCUACAUCAUCCAGUGAUGGCGUCCAUUUGAAACAGCUUCAGCAGCCCACUAUCAACUCAACGGCGAUAGCCCUCCUUAACAUGGGACAACUGUCAGCAUAGAAGAACAGACCAUUUUUGUGAUUAAAGUGCCAAAUAUGUUAGUUUAUCUUUGUAUGAAAUUUCACUUUGAAAUUGCUACUAUGGGGAAAAAAACAAGUUUGAUGGAUCUAUAUCUUUCCCUUUUGCAAUGUAAUUUUUUUUAGGCAAUACUUGAAAAUGCAUCUUUGUGUCCCAUUUAACCUUAUUUUAAAUUUUCAUUUUGCCAUUUUCAAGGAUAUUUUGGUGCUUUUUUGUUUUUAUGCUAAUGCAAAUUUCAAUAAUCAUGAGUAAAACUAUGAAGUCAUUCUGGGCAGAAACCUCAAUGUUACAUCUAUUACAUCACAAAAAGUAGCUAGAAUUUUUGAUAUUUUGCGGUUGCAAAUGUUCUUUUCUUUGGUGAUUCGUUGUGUCAGUACAUGGCAGUCAGCUAGUGAACUAACCUUUCUCACAAAAUGUUUUCAAU